UCUACCUGACAUUGAGAUUUUCUAUCAGGGUUUUAUAAAGCCUCUUAAUCAGUCUGAAUGAGAAAUAGUGACAGCCCGUGACGUCCGGGUUCCGUUUUAGAGGUUUCCAGUGAAAUACAUACAACGUGUAUGAGCAUUUUAUUUUAUUAUUGUUAAAUAAAUGUGAAUUAUAUGUGAUAAUCGGUGACAUUGAUUGUGACAAGGAUUUACUCCACAGACAUCGAAACAGAUGUGAAUGUACUGUCACUGUGUUUCCGUGGUAUGUGAAAUCCUAAAAAUUGGCUGUGAAAUAACUUAUUAAUGCAUAUGAGUGAUGUGUUCUAUCAUACUGAAACCAAACACGGUGUUAGUUCUUAACAUCAAGUACGUGUUUAUUUUGUGUUGUGUAUAAACCCUCCACAUAAUUAUAAUAUACAACUAUUCAUAAAUGCAAUAGUUUAAAAUACCGCCAAUGAGUAAAUGACAGACAUCUAUGCCGGUGAAAUGUUACGUGCGCGUGAGGUGCGACUAGACCAUGGAAUCGAAACUCGCAUAUGUGGCGCUGUCAGCCGGACUGAUAUCUGUGUGUAAAGCAUGUGAGGACAAUGCAGGGGACUCGAAAUGCUGGUACACGCUCUGGUACAUCUGGUUUGUGCUGGGCCUGUUCCUGGUGGUGAUCAUCGUGUUACUGGUGCUGUACAUCAAGCACAGGGCCAAGGAGCGGAACAGAGUGAGACGUAGACGACGAAGCACUCGAACCGUCCCUGUCCACAUCGUACCAACAGGCCCGCCUGCCUACACUGAACCCAGUCACAAACCGCCAUCUUACGAGGAAUCUAUUCAGCAGACGACCCGGUACAGUGUCGAUACCCACAAUUCACUGAACUCUACUUCCGCCCAUGAUUAUAAUGCACCUGUCAGCAUGCCCGGUGUUAUACCUUACCAUACGGACGAGUUCGCGUAUCGACCACCACCAACUAGCAUGCGAAUGCAUUCGAUUCUCCCCGGAAGCACUUCCCCACCACUUCCGCCUUCGUAUGACGUCAGUAUGCAGACAAGAGGUCAAGGUCACCCGUCAUGAUAAACGAUAAACAUAGUGUGUAUGGCCUGUGAUUUUCAUGUACAUAUCUGUGAUAAUCUGUGAUGAACAUGAUUAGUUUUUCCCGUGCCUUCGUGGUGGCGUCCUAGAGGACUGUACCACAUUCGUCAUCACUGUAGUGACGUCACGUAUGGAAGUCCCGCUUCAACAAGUUGGUUGACAAUUCAUGCGAACGUUCAUUGUGGAAAAAUUGUGUCAUCUGAUAUUUGUAAUCGCCAUAUGACCGGCCGAGGUAUGAUGAUUACAUUAUGUGACCCGCACAUGUAUUGAGAAUAUAUCAUCUUAACCCAUUUAUGCCUAGCGUCUAGAAAAAAAAGGCCUUGGCAAACAGCGUAGAUGCGGCGUCUCAUCAGGGUCUACGCUGUUUGCUUAAAGGAAUUUCUGUAAGAAAUAUUCUAAAUAUAGAAAUGAAUAUACUAGACAUCCCUUAUGUUGGAAAUAAAUUUAUCCAAUUUGGAAGGAUGGAGAGUCCACUCGGCAUAAAUGGGUUAAACAGGAGGCAUUAACGGGUAGAAGAGAGCAUGCUUCCGACAAAUAUUCACGUUAAAAGGGCCUUUUUCGCGGAUUUUGGUAUGUAUUGAAGUUUGUAAUUAAAUUUUUUAUAUUGAUAAAUGUAAAGAUUGGGUCCAACAAGUUCAAGUAAACAAUAAACAAGAAUAAAAUAAAAAAUAAUAAAAAAAUAACCCUCAACUGGGCUCGAACCACUGACCCCUGGAGUAAAAGUCUAUCGCUAAGCCCACUCGGCCAUCCGUUCUCAUACGACGAAGGAUGUAUUUUUUACUUUAUAUGAACAAUCCUCUUAGUUUCACAAAUAUAAGAACAACAACAGAACUCUCAAACUUAUUCAAUCGUUUCGCGUUGCAACGCUUUAUAAUUUUCAGUUUUUUUUAAUCGUCAAAAGAUGCAUAUAAUGGAUAUUUUAGAGCAUGGUAAAUGUUCAGUUUUACUGUUUCCUCACAAAUAUAAUAACUAAAACGAAAAUUUGCGAAUCUGAAACAAUUAUUUUUUAUUUUGUCAAUUUACCCAAACGUGAAACGGCCCCUUUUAGGCUUAUAUAUUGACUCUAAAAGAAAAAAUAGUUUAAGUACCAACUUAGCGAAAUCGCUACAACCAAAAAUGAUUAAUACUAGUACCAGGGACAAAAUAGUUACUUUUUGUGGAUGGGGUAGGGAAAGCUGUUAAAAAAAGUGUAUUCAUUCUCGUGUGAAACCGCUGUUCAAUCAUUCGAAAAUUGAACAGAAACAAAGACGUUAGUAUGUAUACAGAAAUCUAAAAACAAAAAUAUUAACGUAUUGAAAGUUCUUCAUAGCAUAAACAUACCGAUCGAACCUUCACUAGCAAGGGUCGUGGGACAGAAAAAAAACACAAAAGGUUUAAGUUCUGCCCUAUACUGCACAUUGUUAAAUGAGUUAGUAAAACAUAUCCGUAUGAAUAUUUUUACCAAAAUUAUGCAUUUCCUUGCACAAAAGGUACGCAUAUCGAGGCCUCCUAGUAACAUAUAUAUCUCUGUUAUUACUAUGUUUAUUUUUUUUUUACUAUUAUUAUUAUUAUUAUUUUAUACAAAGUAUGCUACCGAGAACAACAUGCUAUUUCCAUUUCGCAUCUUAUAGGCGCGUUGCUCUAUUCACAAUUAUUUGGUUGCAUAUACAGUUUUUAGUCGUUAUGCGUGUUCAAAACUGAAAUGAAUAGAUGAACUUACCUUAAUAAACAUUUCAUGAUUUCUUUUUUAGAUUCAUUAUCAAACGUUUUCGUGUUCUAGUCAUAUGAGCUGCGUUCUGAGAAAACUGUGCUUAAUGCAUGUGAAUUGUCCCAGAUUAGCCUGUGCAGUCCACACAGGCUCCUCAGGGUCGACACUUUCCGCCAAAACUUGAUUUUCGGUAAGAAGGCACUACCUUGAAACUAAAAAUACUAUAAAAGCUGAAAAUGUCGUCCAUGAUUAGCCUGUGCGGACUGCACCGGCAAAUCUGGGACGACACUUUACGCACAUGCAUUAAGCCCAGUUUUCUCAGAACGCGGCUGAUAUAGUUGACUUAUGGAGUUAACUUAAAUAUACAAACAUAAUCAUACAGUGCAUACGCUACUUAUUUAUAUUAUUGGUCAAGAACACUUACAAUCUGGUUUCGUUUCUAGUUUAUGUGGAGUGAAGUCCAGUCUAGUUUAUGUGGAGUGAAGUCCAGAAGUCAAUUUUCUAAAUAGAAACUUCAAAGAUAUAUUGUGUAUGGUAUUGGUCAGAAUCAAUUAAAUAGUUCUAUAUUAAACUAAUUAAACGCAGCAAGUUUCCUUGUUGGCAUGUUUUCUUCGGAAAUAAUCUUUCGUUUGCAUUUCAUUUCGGUAAUAUUUAAUUUUAGUUUGUUGACAUGUCAAUCAUUAGAUUACGCAUUUGUAUGUAGUAAGUUUCAUAGACAAGUGUUUUCAAUGUCUGUGUUAUUUUUUAGCAUUCUGUGUAUUUGUUAUUGAGUUACUUCCAGCACUUUAGCUUGUUUUCUUUUGAUGCUUUUGUUGUUAUUAUUCUUAUUGUUGUUUGAUACAAAGAAUGUGUUAGUUAUCGUUUUGCAAAGGUGAAUGACGAAUUAUUUUAGACGGAAUGGUUUUGAACCAUAAUUAUUCCACUCUUUAUUUCCAUAUAUAGGUCAUAUAUUUGUUGUGUUUUUCUCAUUUAUUCUAAGUAGAUCUAUAUCACAAAGAUCUCAUAUAUCAUGGCUUUUAACUGUGUCGGCACGUUUAUACAGACAGUACUAUAACUGAUUAUCGUUCUGGAAAAACGAGGAUUAAUGCAUGUCCUCACACAAGCUAAUCUGUGACGACACUUUUUACCUAUACUAGAUUUGCGUUAAGAAGAGACCAAAUUAAACGGAAAAAUCCAAAAAGCGGAAGAUAUCGUCUCUGAUCAGACUGUGUGGACUGCAUUAAGCAAUUUUUUCCCUGAACGAGGCUCAAAUAACUGCAUCGUUCUGACAGGAAACAAAAUGCCCAAGUCUUGUUUUUAGAAGCCUCGUAUUUGAUCCGAAUCAAUUAUAUGAGUCGUGUUCUGAGAAAACUGGGCAAAAUGCAUGUUCGUAAGGUGUCGUCCCAGAUUAGCAUAUGCAGCUCGCACAGGCUAAUCAGGGACGACACUUUCCGCUUUUAUGACAUUUUUCGUUUAAAUGAAGUCACUUUUUAUCAAAAAUCCAAUUUAGGCGGAAAGUGUCUUCCCUGAUUAGCCUGUGCGGACACUUUACGCACAUGGAUUAUGCCCAGUUUUCUCAGGACGCGGCACAUAAUCUCUAUGUGUUGGUAUCAGUAUAAUUCGUCUUGAACGGAUUCCAUGUUCAAUAUGUAAUCAAUGCGAUGUACAUGUAUGCGACGUGAAUCCAAUUAAAAUCAUGUUAAGUAACAAACCGAAUUUGAUAUCUAGCAGAAUAACGAAAGUAUACGUAUUUUUACAUAAUGUAUUUGUUAAACUUCACUGGCAUUUUUCAGAAAGUAAUUGUUUCAUUUCCUGCACGAAAUAUACCGUUAAUGUUGUGUUUGACAUAACUAUGCUACAUGUUAAAUUGUUGUUCAGCAUAUCUGUGAUAGUAUUUGUAGACAUAAAUUGUUGAAGAGAG